AAGUGAUUCGAUUUUUUUAUCAGCAGCUCCCAUGGAGCCGGCUACCACUACCGUUAGCCAUGCCGCCCAGCUCCACGCACAUCUCAUCAAAACAGCCCCUCACUCCGACUCCUACCUCGCCAACGCCACUCUCCGCGCCUACUCCAAAUCCCCUCACCCUAACCGCGCUCUCCACCUCUUCCUCCAUCUCCAUUCCCGUCCCUUGGCACCCAUCCCCGACCGCUUCACCUUCUCCAUUCUCCUCUCCGCUGCCGCCCGCCUCCGUUCCUCCGCCGCAGGUCGCCAGCUCCACGCUGUCCUCCUCAAAUCUUCCCUCCACCCUUCCUCCUCCCAUCACUCUCUCAACUCUCUCAUAUCCUUCUACUCCUCCUGCCGCCUCCUCCUCCCCGCCCUCCAGGUGUUCGAUGAAAUGGUCAAACGAGAUGUCGUCUCCUGGACCUCCGCCAUAGCUGCCGCUGUCGAUGCUGAUUUGCCCCGUGAUGCGCUUAAACUCUUCGAUUCCAUGUUGGCUGAUGGUAUCCCACCCAAUGAUGCCACGGCUGUUGUCGCACUUAGAGCUUGUGCGGAUCUUGGAGCCCUUGCUGCUGGCCAGAGAAUCCACCGCAUUGCUCGUGUUGAAGGAUUCAGUUCCAUUCCCAAUGUUGCCACUGCUUUGCUUGAUAUGUAUGCAAAAUGCGGAAGGAUUGAAUUUGCGGAGGAUAUGUUCGAUAGAAUGCCUGUAAAGGAUGUUUUUGCAUGGACUGCUAUGAUUUUUGGCCUGGCGAAUCAUGGAAGGAGUAGGGAGGCUCUUGAUUUGUUUCAAAAGAUGGUGGAGAUGGGAGUUAGGCCUGAUGAUCGGACCAUUACUGCGGUUCUGGUUGCAUGUAGGAGUAAAGGGUGGGUCGCAGAGGGCUAUAGAGUUUAUAAUAAUAUGCAUAAGUUUGGGAUGAGGCCGAGGAUCCAGCAUUACGGUUGCAUGGUGGAUUUGCUUGCAAGAGCUGGGCAUUUAGAUGAGGCGGAAGGAUUCAUCAAGAGGAUGCCUAUCGAAUCCGAUGCAGUUCUGUGGAGGACACUAAUCUGGGCGUCCAAGUUUCAUGGAGAUACGGAGCGAGCAGAGCGUUUAAUGGAGGAAAGGCCGCUGCUUGAAAUGGAUUCUUCCGAUAUCGGAAGUUAUGUUCUAAUGGGUAAUGUUUUUGGUUCUGUUGGGAAAUGGGGAAAAAAGGCUGAGGUAAGGGAAACGAUGGUAAGGAGAAGAGUUGGGAAGUUGCCUGGGUGCAGCAGGAUUGAAGUUAAUGGGAUGAUUCAUGAAUUUGAGGCAGGGAAUAGUGGUCAUCCAGAUGCGAAAAUGAUCCAUGAAAAGUGGGGCGAGGUUGCUGAGAAAUUGAGACAGGAAGGCUAUUCCCCAAUUGUUUCAGAAGUAAUACUUGACAUGGAGGAUGAAGAGAAGGCCUCACAACUGAAUCACCAUAGUGAGAAACUUGCUCUGGCAUUUGGGUUGAUUAAUAAAAGCCCAGGGGAGGAAAUCUUGAUUGUGAAGAACCUGAGAUCUUGCCAGGAUUGUCACUCAGCAAUGAAAGUAAUAUCAAGGGUAUAUGAUAGAAAGAUAACCAUUAGGGAUAGAAUAAAGUUCCAUCAUUUCAGUAAUGGAUUCUGUUCAUGUGGCGAUUACUGGUAACAACUGCUUUUGGAUUGUGGAUUGAUUUGUGCUGCUGUAUAAAAAAACGUGGAGGUCAAUUUAUUCUUUAAAUAUCAUUUCUGUGUACUAAAACGUCAAAGGAUAUUGUUAAAUACUCAAAGUAUUUAUUUACGAGAAAAUGAUUGAAUUGAUCCUA